CCUCCUCAGCAGGGAGAGAAGAAUGGGAGAGGGAAUGGGACUGUGUGUGUAGACGAGGCAACGGGUGAAAACAUGAGGAUAACGGGCUGUUUUUAAACUAUAUCUUUUUAAAUUAAAUUAAACACAAGCCAUCAGGAGUUCUCCUCAUUCCUCCCCUGAGGGCAGGGAUAUCUGCUCUCCCAUUGGAGAACACAGGAAAGGAGCGUCUUUGUGAAUCCUAUCUGACUUCUCAGAGGAUAAAAGCCCUGUCAAAGAGUGGAGUGGUGGUUUUGGUCUGACCUUUAACCCCAGAAGGAAGGAGAAAAAGCCACUUCAGAGAUGGAGCAGGUGUCAGACGACGAGUUGGACCAUGGGGCCGAGGAGGACAGCGAUAAGGAGGACCAGGACCUGGACAAGAUGUUUGGAGCUUGGCUUGGAGAGCUGGACAAGCUUACACAGAGUCUGGAUGACGGCAGGCCUCAGAAGCCUCUGCAGAAGCCUCCUCUCAGGCAGGAGACAAACAUGGCCAACUUCUCCUACCGCUUCUCCAUGUAUAACAUAAACGAGGCGUUGAACCAGGGCGACACAGUGGACCUGGACGCCCUGAUGGCCGACCUGUGCUCCAUUGAACAGGAGCUCAACACCAUCUCCAAACCGAACUCGGCGUCUCGGGGCCAGAACAAAGGCCAGCCUCGGGCCCCUGGAGGGCGCAGUGCCAGCACCAAGCACACAGGCACCGGCGGAGGGGGAAGCAGUGGAGGAAGCACCAGUAGCAGUACCCGGGCCUCACCGGCCAACACAGUGCGAGGGGGCAGCGUGAACGCUCGCCCCACCGCCUCCAACAUCUCCCUGGACGACAUCACCUCCCAGCUGGAGAAGGCCUCUCUCAGCAUGGACGAAGCAGCUCGCCAGACGUCUUCUUCCUCCUCGUCUUCCUCUUCCUCUUUCUCCUCCACCACGCUCCGGCGGCCCUCUUCUGGGUCGUCCGGCGGCGGAGGCGGCGGCGGGCAGCACAGGAGGACGGGCUCAGUGGGCGCGGUCAGCGAGCAGGAGGCCCCCUCCCAGCGGUCCAGCGUGAACUCGGCAUGUGCCUCGGCGUCCAGCAUGGACUCUCUGGACAUUGAUAAAGUGAUGGCGGGCGGAGAGGUGGAGGGCCAGGGCUCACAGGGGCCGAACCAGAGCAGCACAGAGCACUCCUAUCUGGACCGAGAAACCUCGCUCAUUCUGAAAAGCAUAGCAGGAAAGCCUUCUCACCUCCUGACCAAGGAGGAACAAGCUGCCAAAUUGAAGGCAGAGAAGAUCCGAGUCGCCCUGGAGAAAAUCAAGGAGGCACAGGUCAAAAAGCUGGUGAUCAGGGUCCACAUGUCAGACGAGAGCUCUAAGACGAUGAUGGUGGACGAGCGGCAGACAGUCAGGCAGGUGCUGGACAGCCUGCUGGAUAAAUCCCAUUGUGGAUACAGCCCUGACUGGUCUCUGGUGGAAACCAUUAACGAGCUGCAGAUGGAGCGCAUUUUCGAGGAUCAUGAGAACCUGGUGGAGAAUCUUUUGAACUGGACCCGGGACAGCCACAACAAGCUGAUGUUCAUCGAGCGCAUCGAGAAAUACGCCCUCUUCAAGAACCCCCAGAACUACUUGCUGGGGCGGAAGGAGACUUCAGAAAUGGCUGACAGGAAUAAAGAGGCGUUAUUAGAGGAGUGUUUCUGCGGCGGCUCGGUGUCCGUGCCGGAGAUCGAGGGCAUCCUGUGGCUGAAGGAGGACGGGAAGAAGUCGUGGAAGAAGCGCUACUUCCUCCUCAGAGCUUCAGGGAUCUACUACGUCCCCAAAGGCAAAGCCAAGGCGUCCAGAGAUCUGGUGUGCUUCCUGCAGCUGGACCAUGUGAACGUGUAUUACGGCCAGGACUACCGCAGCAAAUACAAGGCACCUACUGACUACUGCCUGGCCCUGAAGCAUCCCCAAAUCCAAAAGAAGUCCCAGUACAUCAAGUAUCUGUGCUGUGAUGAUGUCAGGACCCUGCAUCAGUGGGUGAACGGGAUUCGCAUCGCCAAGUAUGGCAAGCAGCUCUAUGUGAACUACCAGGAAGCCAUGAAGAGGACAGAGGCGGCCUACGAUUGGUCCUCUCUAUCUACCGCCAGCAUCCGAUCAGGCUCCAGCUCUGCCAGCAUACCUGAGUCCCAGUCUAAUCACUCAGGCCACUCAGACAGCGGCGUGGACACGGGCUCGCAUGGCCGCUCCCAGAGUGUGGUGAGCUCCAUCUUCUCUGAAGCCUGGAAGAGAGGGACCCAGAUGGAGGAAAGCUCCAGGGCAUCCCGAGGGUCCACCCUGCCGCAUGUGUCCCACAGUCACCGGCACCACAGCCAGCAUUCGGCUGAUAUCCCCGCCCUGACGCCCCCUCCCCAGCCUCAAGUGCAGCAACAGCAGCAUCACAGCAACAACAACUCCUCCCAACAACAACAACAACUUCCUCCCCAACAACAACAACAACAACUUCCUCCCCAACAGCAACAACAACUUCCUCCCCAACAACAACAACAACAACUUCCUCCCCAACAACAACAACAACUUCCUCCCCAACAACAACAACAACUUCCUCCCCAACAACAACAACUUCCUCCACAGCAACAACAACUUCCUCCACAACAACAACAACAACUUCCUCCCCAGCAACAACAACUUCCUCCCCAGCAACCACCCCAGUUUCAGCAACAACAACAACAACCACCCCAGUUUCAGCAACCACCACCACAGUUUCAGCAACAACAACAACCACCACAGUUUCAGCAACCACCACCACAGUUUCAGCAACAACAACAACAACCACCACAGUUUCAGCAACAACAACAACCACCACAGUUUCAGCAACAACAACAGCCACCACAGUUUCAACAACCACCACCACAAUUUCAGCAACAACAACAGCCACCACAGUUUCAGCAACAACAACAACCACAGUUUCAGCAACAACAACAACAACAACAACAACAACAGUUUCAGCAACAACAACAACCCCAGUUUCAGCAACAACAACAACAACAACAACCACCACCCCCACAGUUUCAGCAUCAGCCCCCUCCACAGCACCCUCCACAGUAUCAGCACCCAUCAAUGCACCCCCUCACCCCGACCCAGCCCCAGCAGCAUCCUCCCCUUCAGCAGGCCCCCCCUCCCCAGUACACUCAGCGGCCCCCACAGUCCCCUCAGUUUCCACAGCAGCCCAUCAGCAAUUACAACAACCACAUGCUCCCCCAGCAGGUUGCUCCUCCCCCGCCACCUCCACCUCCGCCUCCCCCUCCUCCCCUACCCCCAGUACAAACCAUGUCGAACCACUCCCCCGCGCUCACCAUGUACAAGUUCAGCACCAUCACCAGACUGCAGAACCAGCAGGGCAACCAGUCGUCCAAUCAGAGGCUUCCCGGGCACCUCCAUGCCAUUGGUCACCAGGUUCUCCCCGUUGGUGCGAUUCCGGUGGCAAUCAAACCCAACCCCAAUCACAUCGCAGCAAGGACUAAUGUCCCUCCUCCCCCUCCGCCUCCCCCUCCCCCCCCCGCCGCCUCCAUGCCGACCCCAGGUUCAGCCAUGGCCGUGUUGAGGCUCGGCCCCCCAAGCCCGGCUGCCCCUCCCUCCUUCAUCCCGGCACCUCCACCUGCUCCACCUGCUCCACAGACCAAUGGACUAGCAUUCCCUCCCCCUCCAUCUCCCCCACCUCCUCCCCCUCCUGCUCCGGCUCCAGUCAGCCAUCCUGUCUACAGCAGCGGGUUGAAGCAGGCGCUGAAGGAAAGGUUUCCCAGCCCGCCACGGGACCUCCUCUCUCCAAAUGGACUUGAGGAGUCCCCACCGCCUGCCCCUGCUCCAACACCCCCUCCUCCUCCGCCUCCCCCUCCACCACCACCUCCUCCCCCGCAGCAGUUCCCAGUGCCGGGCCAGUUCCCACCUCCUCCUGCACCCAAAACCUUCACCCCAGGGUUUGUCCCUCAUGCUGCACUCAAACCUGUAUCACCUGUUUCCCCAUUCCCUCCUGCCCCACCUCCUGCUGCCCUAGCUGGCCCAACCCAACCUCCACCUCCCCCUCCUCCCCCACCUGCACCCUUCAAGAAGCAGUUCAGCCUCCAAAACUCCGGCCCCCCACCUCCGACUUUCCCCAAGCAGCACAGCCUGUCUAAACAAACAGGGGCUCCUGCUCUCUCUCUGGUGAAGCAACUGGCCAGUCAGUUUCCGGGAGCUUCCUCCCCAGCAGCCAAUCACACGGAGAGCCCAAAAGCCCCCCUCUCCCCCCCUGCGGUCAAAACCAAACCAAGAUGGCAGCCAGGGGGCAGCCAACAGCUUCAGUCUCCAGAGUUCCCUCCACCGCCUCCGGACGGCAACGCUGGCUUCCCUCCUGCCCCUCCUCCUGCUCCUCCAGCUCCUCCACCUCCUCCACCUCCUCCUCCAGCACCCGUCACAGGCCCGACUCCGCCUCCUCCUCCCCUCCCUCCUGGAAACAUGGGCUCCACGUUGAAGGGUACACCCUUUGGAUCCUCUAACUUUGGAGGGAAGAAGCCCCCUCCCGCCCCGCAGAGAAACACCAGCGUCACCUCCUACGAGGAGUCCCGGAGGAACCUGUUCAGCAAGUUUGCUCCCCAGAACAACGGCCCUCCAUCCUCCCCCUGUCCUGCCUCCCCCUCCAAGGACCCUUCAUCUGGACCCCCUGCUCCCCCAAAACCAGGCAAGCUCAACAUGGCCAACCUGCCCAUGGCGCUGCAGUCCAAAGUGAACCAGGUGAAGCAAACCGGUGGGGACUUCCCUUCACCACCCACUGACUGCGCCUACUUCCCACCUCCUCCCCCGCCCUCUGAUCUCUUCCCCCCUCCUCCUCCACCUCCCGGUAGUGACUCCCACAGCGGAGGACCUCCCCGGGUAGCUGUGGUCAACCCCCAGCCCCCGGCCCCGCCUCCUCCUCCGCCUGUGCCUCUUCUCAGCAACUCCACAUGGGGGAAGAGCUCCCUGAAAAAGACUCCUCCACCCACACUCGCACGGCGCAGCAACACAACCCCAGAGCCUCCCUCCCUCUCCUCACCUCCACCCACUUCCCCAAAGGGCAGCUCAGGCCAGCCCAACUUCCUGGACGACCUCCACCGGACGCUGAAGCGAAAGUCGGUCGGACGGCAGGGCUCUCUGAACUCGGCCGGCCUCAUGGGGAAGGCGGAGCCGGCGGGGACAAUGGACGACAUGGCACUGCCUCCCCCGCCUCCAGAGCUGCUCCUGGACCAAGGCAAGCAGAGCAACGGAGGAAACGGCGGCUACAUGUCCGGGAACAUCUCAGGCUAUGCAACGCUACGACGAGGACCCCCACCCGCACCGCCCAAACGGGGGGACAUGACCAAACUUACUUGAGAGUGUUGGACUUGGAGGACAAUAAAGAGACGGAUGAAUAGACGAUGAGAGAUUAAUACGGAAGUGAACAUUCAUCGGGAGCAAAUUCCUGAACAUCUCUCGAGAUCACAGUGGUGAAUCUGUAAAUACUAAAACCCAACCCAGACCAUGGUCCAUCAGUGUUGGUGUUUGUCAAUCUGGAUGGGUGGGGUUUACAUGUAGAACUAGAGCAGGCCAGUUUGGCAUCACAGAAAAGCAAAUGUUGUUUUUCUGCGAUGGUCCAAACACUCUGGAAGACAUUGCUUGGGAAACCCCGCCUAUCUGGUACCCCAAGCUGACUCAAACACUAAUAAGAAUCGUGCAAAUAUUACUGGAACCAGGUCUGAGCCAAACCAUGUUAUUCGCUUCUUUGCCAUACGUUUGUGCCGCGCAAAAAAUAAAAAACAGGAUGGUUCUGCUCGGUACUGCAUGGACUUCAUGUGAGAACAAGCUGUAAAAAAAAACCCUGAGGCUGUUCCGGUCUGUGUGCAUGAGUGAGAGCGUGCAUCGUGUGUUCGGUUAUACGGUGGUGAAGUAGUUAGUGAAGGCCUUCCUGGAGCAGGGACCGUUUGCUUUUAUAUAAAAUUAUUUAAUGAUCGAUAAAUGGAAGGAUUUUUUUUUAAUAUAAGUCUUUUAAGAGCUGGUCAGUGAGAGGAACAGAGGAAUGUAUAUGGGAAGGUGUGUGUAAACAUACACAUAAGGUCAACAAGGCAGUAAGAAAAAGACAUGUCUAGACUGUUCAGAAGGAAGCCUUAUCCCCAAAGUCUUGCACAGAGGUUAAAGCAGAGAGGAGAUUUCUUCCAAAGGUUCAGCAGAGUCUGGACUGUGCAACUGGAAACUAAAAGACCUUCUUUUUUAUGCUUUUUUUUAAUUUAACAAAGGAGGGGGAGGGAGGCCUGUGGUGGUGUAUCUUCGUCGACCGUGUCCCGUGCGUUGGCUUGAUUUAUCGGACCUUAUCCUUCAGAUUCUGUAUAGCUGCUACUCCGUUAGUCUCCGCCCUUGUCUACAGUCAACAGGAAGUAGAAUGUACAGGUCGGAUUCAGACAUGUGAAGUAUACACCACACCCCAAGGUUAAAAAAAAAGAAGACACAUUUGUCUGGUUGAUGUACAGAGCAUUAAAUCAUAGCAGAAAUCAUCUGAGCGGGGUCACACCGAGUCGCUCUGUGUCGUAUCCCGUGUCUUCAUGGUGCCGUCAGUGCACAGGGACUUCAGGCCUACACAGUGGAUCAUAAAGGGGUUACAUUUCUUGCAGCAAUGCCUUCAGUUACAGGGUGCUGUGUUUCAAGGAACUCAACACGUCCCUGUGCAUGACAUAUCAUUAAUAUUUCAGACUGUUUAAACUGGUUUUUAAAUUGGCUUUAGUGUGGAAAUGUGUGCUUGGGAGUGAUUUCCACACGAGGCCCUUUUUAUCAUGCUUUUCUUUUGUCCUGCAAAUCAUUUCUUAUAAGUGCGUAUCAUUGUCUUUGAAGCAGGAUGUGUGCUACAGUACAGUAUGUAAGUUAUUGAUGUGCUGUUGAUGUGGGGCCAAGUGAAAUGAAGAAAAACGGUUGCAGAUGUCUUGCAUAUAAACUGAAAAUCACAAUAUAAAUGUUCAAACCAGACCUCAA